ACUGAUCCAACUGCUAAGUGCUCAUAUCAAACUGCUUCUCCACUCAUUAGCCUUGAGUACUCCAACCGCUGGGAUCCAAUGACCGAUGAGAGGAGCAGUAUCGGGUCAUCUCAAGAGGCUCCUCAGAUCUAUAGGUUUAACUUGGAGGAGAUAGAAUGUGCUACUCAGUACUUUUCGGAGGUGAAUUUACUUAGCAAGAAAAGCAGCUUUGCGGCAACAUACAAGGGGAUACUACGCGAUGGAACGGAGGUUGCAGUGAAGAGGAUCAACAAGACUAGUUGCAAGUCAGAGGAAGCUGAGUUUCUCAUGGGUUUGAAGGCAUUGACAUUGCUAAGGCAUGAGAACCUAGUUGGAUUAAGGGGCUUUUGUUAUUCAAGAGCAAGAGGAGAGUGUUUCCUCAUUUAUGAUUUUGUUGCAAAUGGGAGUUUGUUGGAAUAUCUAGAUGUCAAAUGCGAUGAGAUUCACAAGGUCCUUGAUUGGUCUGUAAGAGUUUGUAUCAUCAAAGGCAUUGCUAAAGGUAUGGAAUAUCUCCACAGCGACAAACCUAGCAAGCCCUCCUUGCUCCAUCAAAACAUGUCAUCGACAAAAGUCCUCAUUGACCGCCAUUUCAACCCCCUACUCUCCAGUUCUGCCCUGCACAAACUAUUAGCAGACGAUGCCAUUUUCUCCUCUCUCAAAACAUGUCCAUGGUUUAGUUGGAUCAAGCCACCUGCAUGGACUCAAGAACAGUCUGAGUCUGCUGAGAAGAACCUGAGAUCCAGUGAGCUUGUUGUCCCAGCUGAAGACUCCAUAAUCCGGUCCUCCCCAGAAGGCACCGGCAUGCUUGGCCAGGGCUGGAGCAGUGGCGAGCUGGAGGUAGGAGGAAUUUCCAGUUGCAAAGUAGAGCCAUGA